ACCGAAUGGCCCAGUUGGCUUUAAAGGAGGAACUGAAAAAGCAAAAGCAGAUGGAAGAAGCAACCUAUCUGGCACUCUGGGAAGAGGACAGGUUGGCCAAGGAAAAACGGGACAUGGAGGAAGCCCAGAAAAGAUCGGGUCGGAACGCUGACAUGCUUAACGUGCUGAACACCCAGAGAGCUGUGGCAGAGGCUCAGAGGCAGGAGGAAAAGAGACUGAAGGAGGAAGAGGCUAAAUUGAUGGAAGAGGAACGGCUUCUGUUUAAACUAGAGGAUGAACGAGCUGAGAUGGAGAGACGUCGGAAGCUGAGAGAAUGUAGAGACAUGCUGCUAGAUUCCAUGGAGGAGAAGAGGAAGCGUCUCAAUGAAGCCAAGCAGGAAGAGCUGGCUUUAGAUAUGAAGAUCCUGGAUCGCAUCCUGCAAGAAUCUCAGGAAGACACUGAGGGCCAAAAGCAACGAAAAGUAAGGCUUUUUCAAUUGGUUCAG